AUGGAGACGGUCGGCCACACCGGAUCGCCACAAGGAACAGACUCUGACCCUCCGUCACGCCAAACUUCGCGUGCUAGGGAGUCACCUAGCAUGAGAGCCUUCGGUACUGCUCCCUCUCCCUCGGCCACAAUGGCGAAACGCGCGUGCCCUUAUCAGGACCAAGCAACGCUGACGUUGUAUCCCGGCGCCCAUCACGAUGCACCGCCUAUAUUCAGCAUGACCUUCUGCAUCGCCCUGCAUCCGUCGGCAUCGGGCCAUUUCGACAUUUACGAUGCUUCUACACCGGCAACGACCUUUGCGGGCCUUCCCGUAGACAGAAAAGUGAAUGGUUUCGACUCCGACGUCUUCGUCGUGUCCGGCAAGACGCAAAAUGAUCAUGACUUCUAUUACACACUCGUCUUGUUCUACCAGGCUCAGACAAUCCACUAUGCGACGGUUGGCUACUAUUAUUUCGAUGGCAAGCAACAAAAAGUGAUACACACGCUCAAGAUUGGCGGCAACUAUCGGCCCCGCUGGCCAGGCAAGGGCGUGCUUGCGUCGCCCACGACAAACGAUCUUGCCAAACGUGCAUGCUCGACCUCCGGCUUGUCGACACUGAAAAUUGACGCCUAUGAACACCCCCACGUUCUGACCAUCGACUACUGUACCGCAUAUAGUCCUCAGGGCGAUGGCCAGACCUUUGUUCUCUACGGUGCAUCUACUCCAGCGACCACCUUCGCUUAUGUUAGAACCUACGUAUUGAACGGAUACCACAUGGACGAGAUCAAGGUCACCGGCGAGGAUCACCAGAAGCACAGCUUCAGCUACGACCUCGCUCUGUUCUACAAAGGCAAUAGCAUUGCCUAUGUCGACUUUGGAAAUUUUGCAUGGAGUCUGAUUCCUGGCAGCAUAGCAACCAGAUACUCCCUGACGAUUGGCACCACUGUCGUCAAGCAUUAUCCCGGCACGGACUAG